AUGCGGCACCGAAAGUUUUAUGGAGGCCUGCUCACAAAGCCUCCCAGGUCCCGCCCCGAGCUCGCUGCCCUGCCCCGGCGCCGGCCGCAGCCUCCCGCCCUACCAGACCCUCCCAGGACGCGCUUCCUCCGGAGCCGGACCCCCGCCCUGGCCUCCCCGCGGGAUAAGGCGGGUCAGUUCUGUCCGCUUCUCGGCAGAGGUGACUCGCGCGGCGAUGUAAACACAGCGAGACCAGCUGCGCUCAGCCCAUCCCCCCCCCCCCACCCUGCCGGGGUCCGUAACCUCUUCCCUCAGUCCUGCCCCGCGCCCCGCGCUCCCCUCGGGCAGGCGAGCAGCGCGCCUUUCCCUUUCUCCAAGUCCCGCUUCCCGACCGUUGCCCGGGGGCACUUAGCCCCCUUCCCCAGCUCCCAGCCGUUGUCACCGCCACAGCCUCCGGAAAACCCUCGGCAAACCCCGGAGCAAACAACACAGGCGCGGGGCGGGGGUGCGGAGGGAGGAGGCGGCACUCGGGACAGCGAGGCUUUAUCACCGCGCCCUCCACGCUCCCUCCCACCAGCCUCGGCUGCUCGCGCUCUUACCUGCUCUCCGCGUCGCCUGGGAAGACCACAGCGUUGCUUUCCCUCCCGGCAGGGCCGCGGACUAGCACCGCCGGCGCCGUUGGCCGGGCGUCCCGAGGGAGCCGGGGCCUCCCCGGCAGCCCGAGCCGCUCCACUGGGAGAGGAGGAAACAAAACAGCGGCGAGCCGCCCCGCGCAGCGCCCCCCGCCCGCGCCGCCCCACCGAUCCCCAACCGCCGAAGCGACGGCGGCGACACAGAGCCCGGCGCGGGGAGCAAUGGUGGCCCCCGCCCUCGCCCCGCUCCCGGCCCCCUCCCUCCACCCCCCACCUCAGCUCCUCCCCCUCGGCCUCCAGCCGCCGCCACCAGGACACUCGAGUCCGCCUCCCCCACCCCGCCCGCUCGGAGCGCUCCUCCCCUCCCCACGCGGCGAGGGGGGGGCGGCACCGCCAGUCACCGCAGCGUCUGUCAAACCCGGGCCGGCUAUUUAUACCCCGCGGGGCCUCACCGCCGCCGGCCCCCACCGGCCCGCCAACCUGCCUCAGUGGCUCUCUCGACUCUUGCCCGCCCCUUAUCCCCCAACUUCUCCCAAACCCGCCUUCUCAGGUAAAGACUCUGGCCACUUGUCCCGCUCCCUGCUCGGGGCUCCCCCAUCCCACUCUCGGCUCCAACCCCAAACUGGUGCAGGGGCCCCAAGGCGCGGGCAGGCGCGUGGGGGUAGCGGGGCCGCGCGUGCACCUGCAGCGCCCGCCCGCCCCCUUCUCCCAGCUGGCCCGGACCGCACGCACACACCCUCGCCACUCUGCGAAGCCUCCCGCGGGCCCCGGCUGUCACUCCAUCCCCAGCUCUGGACUGCCUCCCUUCUCCAGGGACAGCUCCGCGCUCGGGCGUCCCGGUCGCUCCAGUCUCCACUCUACAGCGGUGAAAGGUGGGGGCGCGGGCGGGCCGGAGCGCGCCCCCGGCCCCGCCCCGGCCCCUCCCCGGUCGGUGACGCUCGUGGCGCACCGCCCCUCCAGCCUCGCGCCCUCUGCGCCGCCCGCUCCUCCUCCCCGCUCGCAGACGCCCGGCCUUGUACACCCGCGACCCCGCCCCAUUCCCAGAAAUUACCACCCGCCCAACGGCCGGGCCGCGCGGCGGUUGGUGCCCGCGUUUGCUGACGGUCGGGUGGCGGGGCUCAGCGCGCAGCUGCGGAGCGCGGCGGGCGGCCCCUUGGCGCUGCCCCCCGAACUGCGGGCGCCCGCACCGAGCCAUUGUCACUCUUCGCUCGGUUAG